GUGACGUAACGGCGGAUGGUGGCCCGUUCAGUAGUGGUGGGCCGAAGCUGAGCUCGAAAGUGACAGGAGGAGGGGACAUGGGGCGCGCCGGACCGUGGUGACCGGACAGCGGUGAUUUGCUAUGGACAGCGCCAUUACUUUGUGGCAGUUCCUGCUCCAGCUUCUACAGGAACCGGGAAAUAAUGAUUUGAUAUGCUGGACGUCAGAUGAUGGGGAGUUCAAACUUCUGAAGGCUGAAGAAGUGGCCAGGUUAUGGGGGGAGCGCAAGAACAAGCCGAGCAUGAACUAUGACAAGCUAAGCAGGGCGCUCCGCUAUUACUAUGUGAAGAACAUCAUCAAAAAAGUGAAUGGGCAAAAGUUUGUUUACAAGUUUGUCUCAUACCCUGAUAUCCUGACCAUGGAUCCGGCAACGCUGAGUAAAGCUGAAGGAGAUAUAGAUGGCAACUCUGCCAAUCCUGUCAGCACCCUCUUCAUGCGUGACAAGGAGAACUGUAGCAAGGAGCGACUAAUGUGUCCUCCUGCCAAAUGCUCAGGACGUAAUGAUUACAUUCACUCUGGGCUGUACACAUCCUUCACCCUCAAUUCCUUAAAUUCAUCCGGAGUAAAGCUCUUCAAAACUACAAAUGUGGAAUGUACAGCUGAGAAGAAAAUGACCCAGGAGGUUUCCCCAUCAGUCAUUAGGUUUGUGACCACACCAGCUAAAAACCAUGAGCCUGCACCCAUAAUAUCUUCAGUUCCACCCCAGCCUCCAGAACCCCAUGAGAAACCUGCAGAGCCUCCACCAGGUGUAAUAACUGGUACUUCUCUCGCUCCCUCAGUCACUUCCAUUUCGCCCAUUCCAGAACAUUCACCAGCUUUAUCUCCUGAUUUGACUCAUCAGGAUAUAGCUGACGAAUCCGAUUUGGGAUCCCCACAGCAUCUUGAUUUUCCUACUGACAUGGCGAUGGAGAUAGAGGAAUCACAAUUAGAUUCGAAGGCUGAUCAGGAGCUCGAAGCCGAGUCUGAACCAGAAGUCUAUGUACUGGACAAUAAGAGCACCAAGUCUAAAAAGCCCAAAGAGCUGGAGUUAACUCCCACACUGGUCAUCACAAGUAGUGACUCCAGCACUCUUGGUAUCCUGAGCCCUUCGUUGCCCACGGCAUCUCUCACGCCAGCGUUUUUCUCACAGACACCUAUAUUGCUGACGCCAAAUGCCAUGCUCUCAAGCAUUCACUUCUGGAGUACCCUUAGUCCGGUGGCCCCUCUCAGUCCAGCCAGGCUACAUGGCAGCUCCCUGUUCCAGUUUCCAUCAGUCUACAACAGCCACAUGCCGCUUGCAUUAUCCAGCUUUGACAGCCCAUCUACACCUGGACCAUUCUCUCCUGAUUUACAGAAGUCCUAGCAGUCACAUUGAAGGGCCGGACACAAGGAGAAGAAAAUGCUCCAGUCAGGUUCAUUAUGAGCUCUUCACUAUGUCAGGUUCCCUAGAUUGAGCUCCAAUCUGCUUUUCUUUCACCUCUGAUUUAUGUAUGUUCUUGCUGAAUUAACCUUGUAAACCACCAUGACAUUGGCUAAUCAAAUGUCCUCUGAGGAAAUGUUGGAAAGUGGCCAUUGUCCUUUGCACUCGAGUCAGUGUUGAGCAAAAGCAGACACACAAAUCAAAGGCUCAUACUAUACAGUAUGUAAUAACUCUAUUUUUUCAGCAGAAUUUUAACUAGCAGAACCAGGAUUAUUUUUGUAUUGUAUGCAGGAAUGACUUCUCAGGCGUAUGCCUUAAUUCUGGUCCAGUGAUUUUUACCAAAUCCUUUUACCUUGGAAGAUUUACAAUGACUUGUUAUUUUAUAGGAACUGAGACAAAGCGAAAUUUGUAUGGAAAUCUUUUAUAACAUGGCCAGCCUUCCCUGUCAAAAAAAAUAAAAAAUGAUCUAGAAAGGAAGCCACCAUUUUUCCUUCCUUUCAUAAAGUAAUUAUAACUUGCUGGUGGGAAACACAAAGCACUUAAACUGGACCAAACCCAAAGGGAAGGAGCAGACAUCUGAAGGUAUUAUUUAGAAAAAGGCGAACAAUGGCUUAGAAAACAACCAGGAUGAUUUGCUUCAGUUGAUGGCACCCACGAUAGCAUGCGUCAUUCACACAGCGUGAAUAUGGAAAACCGAAGGCUCCCAGGAAUUAGCACUGACAGCCCGACGAAGAAAGAGGAAGAAGACAUCCAGUUGUUUGGAAUCCUUUGAGAGGUGCUAAAAAGAAGCCCCAGAGAUUGACGUCAUGAUCCAGGAUCUGUAAAGUCAUCUUCUUAUCAUCAAGUGUCUUUAGCUCCUGCUCCAGAAUUUUAGGUUUUGUGGCUUUUUUUUUAACUACUCAACCUAUGCAAUUUCUGUUUAAUAGAAAUGAUAUAUUUUAAUAUAUUAGCUGGUACAUUGCUUAAGCACAGAUGACAGAGAAGGACGUCUAAGACUAAUGAAGCCACUAGCCAUAAGAUUGUCUAAGUAUAUUUUUAAGGGAAGCAUUCAUCAGAAUUUCUGUCAUAUUACAGUGUUAUUAGAAUGGUAGGGUCGGGUCGGGCGAUCAGAGGAUUGCCUUCUUUUAGAGGUAACUGCGUUUAUCACAGGAUAAGGAUCAGACAACUUUCCCUUGAUUCAGCUUUAAAGGGGAACUAACUACGAGCCGUUUUUAGGAGCUGCAUUUGUUACAAGUAGAAGACAUUGUUCGGCAGCAAUAGGAGACACCGUUUAUACAGGCUACUGACUAAUCAUGUUUUUUGGUCUUUUAAAAAGUAUCUACAGUAGAAAAAAAAUCAUCUGGAAGAUAAGUAGCAGCGUAUAGUACUCUCCAUCACCUGUAAACACCCCUUAUGUCAAAGGGGUUGUUCACCCGGUCCCCCGGUGGGAAUCAUACUUUACAUGAUCCCCGCUGCAGGGUUCCAGCUCCUUCGCUCCCCCGGUUCCACCUCUGCUCCUUGGUCACCCUGCGUCAACAUCUGGUUUGACACGGGUGGCCGCUGGCUGCCCACAGUGUCACUCAUGCAUCACGUGACUCAGUGACAUGUCACCACUGUGGCAAGUCAUUGGCUGCAUCGGCCGCGUGACCAGAUGUUGACGCAGUGGAGCCGGGGGAGCAAAGGAGUUGGAAUCCAGUGGCGGGAAUCAGGUAAGUAUGAUUCCCACCACAGGUCUGGCCAUGCUG